GGCAAUAAAGCUAAACCAAAGCACUGCAAAUGAUUCCGCGAGCAGAGAUCAGCCAAAGACCGACAUGGGCCCUGUGCUGUUCUCUCUGGGACCUGUGCCGCCUGCCCGUCAGGUCGUAGCUUCCCCAACCUCAACUGUAACUGCACGGCCUCAGAUUUCUAUCCAUGUAAAGUCAGGGCCAUGUCCAAACGCGUCCACCGGACAGAGGCCCACAGGCCAGGAGAGGAGAGAACGGCUGCGGCACUGUGGCCAGACCCAGGAUCUGCCCAGCAGCUCCUCCAUCCCCGCUGAGGAGUUCAAACACCUGCUUCAGUCUCUCAUGCCCUCUCUCUCCCCGGACCAGUACAACGCUCUUAUGGCUAAGGUUACGCGGAGGGAAGGCCAAGUGAGUAUGAACUGUCGGGACUUCACCAGGGGCCGCCCCAGCGACUGUCCACCGCAGAGCCAGAGAGGGGCACCAUGGUCCAGGUGUAGCGGUGUAGCAGAGGAACCCUCCCGCUCUUUACAAGAGCUCCAGCAGGGCCUCAAACAUCAGAUCGGGUCAAACCUGAAGGGAGCCAUGCGGGCCCUGAGACUCUACGACUACAACCGGGACGGACAGAUCCAACGGCACGAGCUCCGCCGCUUCCUGGACAACUACUUACCCAUGACCCACACAGAGUUCAAGAGACUUUGGUCCUUCUACAACCCUAACAACUUUGCCAUGAUGCCCUACAAAGAGUUCCUUAUGAAGCUGGGGAUCAACUGUGAGAUGUACGCCAAAUUUGUCCCACAGCCUGGAAGCUUAGUGGUGACUGCGCGGGCUUCCGAAGAGGACUGGAAGUGGCGCGAGAAAGAACCACCAUGUCCUGUGAGCUCAGAGUCAGGACAAGCCCUCAGUGCCGCAGAGCUGACCCUGGAGCAGACCCAGGAAGUGUUUCUGACCAAGAUGCUGCAGAGCUACACUGAAGUGUGGCAUGUGCUUCAGGCCUUUGAUGUCACCAGUUCUGGAGUCUUGCCUCUGGACGACCUGCACUCCGUCAUCAACAACUUCCUGUUUCCCAUGAGCCCAUGCACGUUCCACAGGCUCCUGCGACGAGACACUGCUGACCAGAGGGCCGCGGCACCCAGUCGGAGCACCAUCCAGAGAGAGAUGAGGGAGGCUCCUUCAGACCAGGUUGAGCAAAAGGGUGAAGAAAAAGCUGUGAGAAGUGCGUGGACUGAGAAGGAAACCUUGGCAGCUGACUCAUGGACUACAGUAGAGGAGCUGCUGAGGGACAAACUGAGCGAGUCUUUGGCGGCCGUGAGCCUGGCUCUGGGCCAACUGGAUCGGCGCGGAAAAGGGACAGUCCGUCAGGAGGAGCUCCGAAAGAUCAUGCAGCAACAUGACCUGCCUCUGUCUGACCAACACUUCAACCAGAAGGAGUCGGGCUCCGGCCCCCACGUAAAGGAGGCCGAUGACCUCCUGUGGAGGCUGAAGGAGACGCUCUGCCUCCGGGCCCUCACCCUCGCCGACCGCCUCCCCACGACAGCCUCCGCCAGGCCCAGCACCACCCUCAGCACCACCCAACUCAGAGAGAUAUUACAGGACUGCAAUUUGUCGGUGGAUGAGAAGCAGCUGCAGUCCGUGACCAGAGUGCUGGGCUUCAGGGAUGGCAGAGUCUCCUGCUCAGAGCUCCUGAGGAAAUACUCUGGGAGUUUGGCCAGGUAUCAGAGGAGAGCGCCAGUGCCUGUUAAACCAGAUGCCGGGGCUCCAGCCAGACUGCUGACCGCUGAGGAUUGCCUCUCUCUGAUGGCGGACAGAAUCACAGACGUCCACGGGAGUCUCUUCUCAGCUUUCCGCUUCAUGGACAAAGACUCGGACGGUUUGGUGCAUGCACGGGACUACCAGAACCUGCACAACAGCCUGGGCUUCAUCACCAAGGAGUCUGAGCACAGUCGCCUGCUGCGGCUGCUGGGCUUCGGCCCCGGCAAAAAGCUCAGCUACGUCGAGUUCAAAAGCGCCGUCCAGUCAAAGGGCAGGAAGCUGGCACUGCAGCCGGCCAGUGGGUGA